CUCUCACCAUGUUGUCUUGUUUUCUUAAAAAUUCCUAAUCUAACUUCUUCUUCUUCAUUGCAAAGCUUCUUCCUUUGAGAUCGACCUUCUUUGUUGAUUUGCGGUUUUGUUGCAUUCAUUCUUCUUCGCUGACUCUGAAGAAGAAACAAAAAAAACUAGGGUUUCUUGUUUGAUUUCUUCUUAUUAUUCCCCCCAAAUUUGGUGUGCAUUUGCUAUUUCAGAUCUAUUAGGUGUGAAAUCUAAUCACUAGGUGCAUGAUAUAUGAAAACUGAUAUUACAUAAUUGGAGUGGGACUAGUGCUCUGCGCUUAUCAUACUGUCUGGUCACUUGUACAUAAAGUACCUAACUCAAUAUCUGGUUUGGAAGGGGGAAGCUAAAGGGGGAGAGAAAUGGAGACUGCCAAAGCUUGGCUGAAUAAGUUAAAAGCUAAAGACAAAGUGAAAUCCUCUAAAAAGAAGGAAACCACGAGUAAUGUAAAGGAAGGACCCAAAACAGCUGGAGGGGAAGAAGCACUUUCAAAUGUAACCAAGGAGAAGGCUGCUGCUGCUAAACUGUAUAUUGAAAAUCAUUACAAAAUGCAAAUGCAGAGUCUGCAGGAAAGAAAGGAGCGACGCAAAAUGCUAGAGAAAAAAUUAGCUGCUGCAGAAGUCUCUGAGGAAGAGCAGAACAACUUGUUAAAGGAUUUGGAGAUGAAGGAAACUGAAUACAUGCGCCGUCAGAGGCAUAAAAUGGGAGCUGAUGACUUCGAGCCAUUGACGAUGAUUGGGAAGGGUGCAUUCGGAGAGGUGAGGAUAUGUAGAGAGAAGGGAACAGGCAAUGUCUAUGCAAUGAAGAAGCUUAAAAAAUCUGAGAUGCUUCGCAGAGGCCAGGUGGAACAUGUAAAAGCAGAGAGGAAUUUACUUGCAGAAGUUGACAGCAAUUGCAUUGUCAAAUUGUAUUGUUCUUUUCAAGAUGAGGAGUACUUGUAUCUCAUAAUGGAGUAUCUACCUGGCGGUGAUAUGAUGACUUUACUUAUGAGGAAAGACACCCUUACUGAAGAUGAGGCCAGGUUUUAUAUUGGGGAAACUGUCCUGGCUAUUGAGUCCAUUCAUAAGCAUAACUAUAUCCACAGAGAUAUCAAGCCUGACAAUCUGCUGCUUGACAAAGACGGCCACAUGAAACUGUCAGAUUUUGGAUUAUGUAAACCAUUAGACUGUAGUAAUCUUCAGGAGAAAGACUUCACAGUUGCUAGAAACGUUAGCGGUGCUUUACAAAGUGAUGGUCGGCCUGUGGCUACAAGACGUACUCAACAAGAGCAACUACUAAACUGGCAGAGAAAUAGAAGGAUGCUUGCUUAUUCCACAGUUGGAACUCCUGACUAUAUUGCCCCAGAAGUUCUGCUGAAAAAAGGAUAUGGAAUGGAAUGUGAUUGGUGGUCUCUUGGCGCCAUUAUGUAUGAAAUGCUUGUGGGGUUUCCGCCAUUUUACUCAGAUGAUCCAAUGACAACUUGUAGGAAGAUAGUAAAUUGGAGAAAUUACUUGAAAUUCCCAGAUGAGGUUAGACUAUCACCAGAAGCCAAAGAUCUUAUUUGCAGGCUUUUAUGCAAUGUUGAGCAAAGGCUUGGAACAAAAGGAGCAGAUGAAAUUAAGAGUCACCCUUGGUUCAGAGGUACCGAAUGGGGGAAAUUGUACCAAAUGAAAGCUGCCUUUAUUCCCCAAGUCAAUGAUGAGUUGGAUACCCAAAAUUUUGAGAAAUUUGAAGAGACUGACAAGCAAGUUCCAAAGUCGGCAAGGUCGGGUCCAUGGAGAAAGAUGCUCUCAUCCAAGGACAUUAACUUUGUCGGUUAUACUUACAAGAACGUAGAAAUCGUAAAUGAUGACCAAUUACCAGGGAUAGCCGAGCUAAAGAAGAAGAGCAAUAAGCCAAAGCGGCCAUCGAUUAAAUCCCUCUUUGAAGAUGAAUCAACUGGUGGGACAACAACCCGCCAAGGAAGCUUCUUGAAUCUAUUACCGACGCAGAUUGAAGAACCAGAGAAAGAAGGUAGUAAAUCAAGCUCAUCCGGGUGAUUACAUUUGACAAACUGCACAGCCUGAACCAGAGAAAGACUCUUCUUAUAUAACUUGUGUGUUGUUGAUUUCGUUGAAAGCCUUGUGUUUGCUCCAAAAAGACUGUUAAAAGUUUGAGUUAGCAGAUGGGGUUUCAACAAAAGUACAGUCUCUCCAAUGGAAAUGGAAGCGAAGGCUCUCCAUGAGGAGAAAAAGAUUGGUUUGUUUAAUUGUUUCAACAUAGAAAAAAUGAAGUAAAUAUUCUUCUCGAGGAAUUGGGUUGGUUUAAUUUAUUUUCACAGGUAGGGUAUUUGAUUUUAUUUAUUUGGUUGCUUUUUGUUAAUCAAAGCUUGGUUGUACUAUAAACCCUACUCAAGAUGAAAUCUUCACCCACUAAUGCUAAUGAGUAAUGACCAAAGUCUUGUUGUCUCUC